AUGAGUCCGCCGUCUGAUGUACAAGCUGUGAGCAUUAAUACGUGCCUCGAAGCUGUGACACAGGCCUUUCGUGAUGGAGGCGCGAUCAUCGAAAAAAUCAAGAAGAAGUGGGCUCUGAAAUGUGCACCGCAGCCGCCACGGUUACUCGAGGAGAGCAUCGACCAAGCACCCGACGAGAUUGAGAAAGAGCGGCGGCGUGGCGUGGCACGGUUUGGGAAUGCAUUCGUCGAGGGUGAUCCCACAUCCAUUAUUGCUCUCCAAUCAAUCACCAUUGCCCUCCAACAAAGCCUACUCGAGAAGCUACGAAACGCGGCCUUUGAUGAUGAGRCGCGAAUUACCGACUUUACCUAUCUGGUUGAUGCAGCAGAUUUGGGCAGGGACAGGACAAUUGCAACUCUGCAUGAGUUGAAGUCGAGGUUGUUGAACGCUCAACUCGAGCUGAAUGAAGUCGAGGCUGGCGUGGAUACUUUGAAGAGCUCAACUCCACCGACGGCCUCUCCUGCUGUGCCGUCUACACCUGCGCAGGAACUACCCAUACGACCAAGGACCAACUCUUCGCUGUCAGCCCCGCGUACGUGGACAAAAGAAUACAGUCUCUCCCGCGAUACCUCGGGCGACGAAGAUGCCGUUUCUGGCACCGAGGUUGACAACCCGCGAAGUCGACAGCGGAAGAGAAGCUCUCUGCUGAAGUUCUUGAAGCCUCACAAUCGUACGCAUAGCUGGAACGAGAAGGAGCUUGUCCCUGCUACUACUACAAUCGUUCAUCAGCGAAAGAUUCCAGAAGAGAGCAACUCUAGCUCUCUCACUUCUCACAGCCUUGAGCAACGCCGUCAAAUGUCCAGUGCAUCGACAAGCACUGUUUCAAACCCAGUAGUCCAUCGACCGCCUCCGCCAUCCAACGAGGUCCCCUUCACUUACGAAGAAUGGGAGGACAACCCGCAGGAGAUCUGGGGGCCAUCUACCACUACUACGAAGACCAGUGACCGUCGAGAGACAUUGAACGUUGCUCCCGAUAGUCCACCUUCUCCCAUCCUUACCCACCGCACCAACAGCACCACACAAAUACCCUCUCACAUCUCCCACAACUCCACGCUCCCAACGCCAAACCCCUCCAAUGACUACCUCGGCCUCUGCAAAUCCGCGUACCGUCUGCAGAACGCCGACCGUAAAGCCCUGACCAAGACCCGUGAAGUGGAGGCUUGGAGCCGACAUCCCAGUAGCUCUGCAAACGCCUUGCAUUUCCUCUCAUGUGCUACGAAGAACUGCGCCUUUCGCUCAACAUUCACCCACAGAGACACCGAAGUGGUCUGGAACAAACUUCUUCCCGAAAGAGGAGGUGUCCGAGCAAGAUGGAAGUUCCUCGCCAAGAGUCACGUCCCACUCCGACGCGCCGGCUCACAAGCGUCGUUCCAGUGCCUGUUUUGUGUGUUUCUAAACGGCAGGAGCGCCAUUUACCAUGGAGCGGAGUUUUACAUCGAUCACAUUGCAGACGAGCAUCGCGGAACUGUCCUGGGAGAUGUGGUGCUGUACAAAACAGGUUGUGUGAAUGACCAAGUGUGUGACGACAGCAAUCUAGACUGGGAUAUCAAUCUCUAUCCCGGGACAGUUGCAAUUCACAAAGCUGGGACCGCGUCGACUCCUGGGUUGUCAUCCGGUGCAGGAAUGGAGCACGGUAUGCCUUUCAAUCCCGAGGAUUACACCUCGAGCGAAUGGAGAGCGAGAGUGGACGGCAAUCGGUACGACUCUGUACUCGGUGCGAAUGAGCCUUGGAAUGAGGGUCUGUCUGAUUUCCACUAUCGAGGAGAACUCGAUCGUACGGAGCUUGAGUGA